GUAUCAGACCAAGCAUGAGUCUCACAAGCAAAGGCGUUGAAAGUGAUACUUUAGCGAUCCUCUAUGCUGAUGACGGGGAGGAAAUAAGCACGCAUUUGGAAAGUUAUUUCAAGGAAAGAUUUCGGCUCAAGAUUCAGACUGUCAACAUUUCCUCAGCAUGUACGUUAACGAAGAGUAACCUGAGUUUGGUUAUACUGACUCCAGACAUGAUCCACGACCUCCAAGGAAAGCCAAAAGAGUUCCUUUCCAGCGCAUGCUCAAUGUGCCAGAAAAGAGCUUUUUUGUGCCACAAUGAAAGUGUUAGCAUCAGCAAUAAAUCCACAGAAAAAGUUUUACAAGAAUCAUGUUCAGACUUAAGUGCAUGGAACACAAUUCAUCUAGGGACAUCUUCCGAAGAUUUCAAGAUGGCUUUGCUUCGGAUCAUGGAACUUAUGGAUUCAACACCCAAUGCACCUCCGGUGCUUCUGGGCUUCAAAAUAAGUCCCAAAAAGAUUUCAUCCCCUAAUGAACACAUAGUUGUGAUCUUCAAAAAAGAAAUACUAAAGGGUGAUGUAACUGUUUUACUUGAAAGAAACAAUUUUCGAAAGACGAUAAAAUGUACUGAACUUAACUCCUUGACGUAUACGUUUAAACCUGAAGGAAUGCCUGAUGGACAAAUUACCAUGCAAAUCUUUACUAACAGCGUCUCGGCCGGAAAGACAAGUUUCAUCAUUAGUAGCAAAAUAGACAGAUUUUCAUCCAUGAUCUCCGACAUGAUAAAUCCCCUUGAAUUUUUCCUCCAAGCUAUGGACUGUGACGAUCCAGACUCUCUGGAUCGUGAACUUGUAGACAUUCUGACCAAUGGGACCGGGGGGAGCAAUCCCCUAUCUGGACUGGAAAUGUUAGACUUCAGAGAUUAUAUAUGGAAAAAGAAGUCAGCUAGAGAAUUUCCAACACUUCUCCACGUCGCUGCAAAACUUGGGUUAAAACUACUAUGUGAAGCUCUAAAAAAAUAUCCUGGCUACCAGGCUGCAGUUUGUAUGAAAAAUAAGAACGACAAAACAGCAAGUCAGAUUGCAUUGUCUGAAGGUCAUACUGAUAUAGCAGCAAAUAUUCAACCUCCUGAAAACUUUGCAAUGUUUCAAAGCGAUGACAGUGAACCUAUCGGUAAUACUUCCGACGGCUAUAUGACCAUGAAGCAAGUGAAUGCAGGGCAGGAAAAAAGAUAUAGUCCUCCACCUCUUCCUCACCGACAAUCCGAUUCGGAUCUUCUUGUUAGACGUCGUUCAAAGAAUAGCCAAAGAGACAGUGCAUUAACGGAGAGUGCAACAAGUGAUCUCAGCGUUUCAUCUUUAGAAGAUGCAAUGUCUAUUGAUCCUAAACAGAUGACACCACGCAUGACGUUGAUUUUCAAAGAUGAAAUUGAUUAUUGUGGAAAUCUAAGUACAAAACUUUGA